CAGUGAACACGAACGAGAACAACAAACACUAACAAACUAACUAAUCAUGUUUUCAUCCAAGAGUAAUCAUUUAAAUAUAGUCUAUAACUCAUUAAAUACCAAAUGUAGAUCAUAAAUGCCUGAAAUAUUAAGUUUAUUAAUUUGCAUAGUUAAUUUAGAGUGUUUUUUGUCCAACAGGUCAUUAAAGAGUUUUAACUCUGUUUAAUUAUUCUCUUCUUAAAGAUGGAGUUUAUUAAAGAGGAGACUGAAGAUAAGAAGAUUGAGUUUAUUAAAGAGGAAAGUGAAGAUAUGAAGAUGGAAUUUAUUAAAGAGGAAAGUGAAGAUAUUGAGUUUAUUAAAGAGACUGAAGAAAUAAAGAUUGAAGAAACAUUCAGAGUGAAACAUGAAGAAACUGAGGAACAAACAGAGCUGAUGGAAGAGAGCGAGGAGAGUGAAGAACUGAGUGAAGUGGAGGAGGAACAUCAUGACAAACCUGGAGAAAAACCUUUGAGUCGCUUAAAGACUAAAAAUACUUUUUUAAAGAAAAGAGCCAAGAAAUCUUUCACCUGCACUCAGUGUGGAAAGAGUUUCUCAACCAAACAAUAUCUUGAGCUUCACAUGAGAGUUCAUACAGGAGAGAAGCCGUUCACAUGUGAUCAGUGUGGGAAGAGAUUCACACAAAAAGGACAUCUUAAGGAUCACAUGAAAGUUCAUACAGGAGAGAAGCCACACACAUGUGAUCAAUGUGGGAAGAGCUUCACACGAAAAGGACAUCUUAAAGAACACAUGAAAGUUCACACUGGAGAGAAGCCACACACAUGUGAUCAAUGUGGGAAGAGCUUCACACGAAAAGGACAUCUUAAAGAACACAUGAGAGUUCAUACAGGAGAGAAGCCACACACAUGUGAUCAAUGUGGGAAGAGCUACAGUCAAUCAUCAAGCCUUAAAACACACAUGACGAUCCACACCGGAGAGAGACCGUUCACAUGUCAUCAAUGUGACAAAACAUUUUGUGGGGAAUCCACCUUCAAGAAACAUCUUCAAACUCAUACAAAGGAGAAGCCACAUUCAUGUUCUGUGUGUGGAAAGAGAUUUUCACUGCUGUCAUAUUUAAAUGAACAUCAGAAAACACACACUGGUGUGAGAGAGUACAUGUGCUUUGAGUGUAAGAAGACUUUUACUACAGCAAACCGUUUAAAAAAGCACCAGAGAAUUCACACUGGAGAAAAACCUUACAAGUGUUCACAGUGUGACAAGAGAUUCAGUUGUUCAUCAUCUCUGAAAACACAUGAGAAGAUCCACACUGGAGAAAAACCUUACAAGUGUUCACACUGUGACAACAGAUUCAUUGCUGCCCAGGUUCUGUUCCAAUUCAAAGUUCACAUCUAG